AUGGUAUCAACGCAGUGGAGUUGGGAUAGUGCUCGACUAAUUGCUCUAGUUCUAAAUGCCUUAUAUGGACUUGAAGAGUACUACAAUGGUUACUACAAGGAUCUCAGUGUUGAUGGUUUAUUUGGUUUACGAAUUAUUGAAGGUCACUUGAAAAACAUACAAGAAAAUAUGAACGAUCAUGAUAUCGAUUCUGAAAUUAUGAAUGAAAUACGUAACCUAAGUUUGAUGGCUGGCAUGAUUGCAAAUAAAGCUUUACCAUUUGUUGCUAAUCGAGAUAGAGAAUAUUUUAAUCAGUAUCAGUUUCUCCUCCAUCGUCCAUACAAGGUCAAUUUUACACCACAACGUACCGAUGAAAGAUUUAGAUGGAAAGAGAAACAACUGAAAACUAGCAAAAGUGAUAGAAUUUCUCCUCCUCCUAUUUUGCUUACGGAAAAACAAAAUGGCAGGUGCUUCAAUGAAUUAUUUCUGGCGAGUUUUAACUUGACGGCAAAGCCUUACAGUUGUGUUUUAAGUGUUGACUGCAUGAAACGAAUGGUUAACCAGCGUGGUUUCACAGAAUAUCAAUUGACACAUCAGAUAUUAUAUGUUGCUGUAGCUCUUCAAACUCCUUGCAAUUUCACUCUAUCUAACUUCAUCGCUUUGACAAGGAAUCAAACAAUUACAUCCUUUAUCACAGAGUACUGCACAAAUAUGAUUGAUGAAUUGAGCAUUUUGUUACGAAAUCCAAGAAUCAUGGCUAGGCUUAAUCAUGAUGAGCGUGAUAUGUUGAUGGAACAAAUUUUCACAUGUGGCCAGUUUGGUUUCGUUGAGCUUUCAUCACUUCAUUUUCUUGCAUCCAUAUUAAGUUGGCAGAAUCCUACGUCAGGUUGUUUCACGAAUGAUAAAGCAGAUGUUAUGUUCGGUGAUGUGAAUAAGUCUUAUAACACUGAUGGAUUAGAUCCCGAUUUAUGCUCAGCGCAUUCUGCAGCAGUUGCCGCCGGUGCUCUUGCAGUUUUUCUUCGGUUUUUAUUGGAUCGUGGACCAUGGCCUGAAUAUUAUCUAGCUGAUCAAUCAGUGGUUGUGUACAAUAUUGCAGCGGAGGAAAAAUUUCGGCAGUUCAGUUACGGCCGUUGGGUACGCGAUUCUUUCAUUUCAUCGAUGCGUCAUGCACGACCCCCUGAGAUUGGUUGGUCACCAGAUUUGUUUGCUUAUUUCUUGCUUCUUUCUAUCAUGUUCGGUGGCUUUGUUGCUAGCCACUUUUGUUACAAACCAAAGGUAAAACAAUUUUAUCAUUUUUCAUACAAAAAGCUCUAA